AUGACUGGAGGCAUUUCUGUCCGCGAUGUCGAUGCUCAGAAGUUCAUCGAGGCUUACGCCAGCUUCUUGAAGCGUCAGGGCAAGCUGCCCAUCCCCGGUUGGGUCGACACUGUCAAGACCGGUCCUUCCCGCGAGCUUCCUCCCCAGAACGUUGACUGGUACUACGUCCGCGCCGCCUCUGUCGCCCGCCACGUCUACCUCCGCAAGACCGUCGGUGUUGGCCGUCUCCGCCGCGUCCACGGUACCGCCAAGAACCGUGGUGUCCGCCCCAGCCACCACGUCGAUGCCUCUGGCAGCGUUGACCGCAAGAUCUUCCAGUCCCUUGAGAAGAUCGGUGUCCUUGAGCAGGACGAGGAGAAGGGUGGCCGCCGCAUCACUCAGUCCGGCCAGCGUGAUCUGGACCGUAUUGCCCAGACCGUCGUCGAGGAGGACGAGGAGGAGGAUGAGGAGUAA